UGUUGAAGCUCCGUUCAACACCAACCAUUCCUCCACCAUUUCGAUAUAGCUAGACGACUAUCCACACCGCUCACAUGUCCACCAUCGCCUCCCCCCGCGCCUCAACCUCCAUCCGCUCCCCCUCCUCCUCCCGCACCUCCCUCGAAGGCCCCAGCGGCCGUCCCGCCGCCCCAGGCACCACGCGCAGGAACCGCGCCGCCCUCCGCGACUACUACGGCCUCAAAGGCACGCAGCCGCCCAGCUCUCCAGACCCCAGCAGCCGGACGCCUCUCGCGCCCGAAGAGCCCGAGGACGACGGCAUCAGCGAGCUCGACAAGGACGGCUUCGACGCGCCCGGCUAUGUCAACGGGAUCCUGUCGAAGCAGGGCCUCUCGGGCGUGCUGAGGGUGGAGAGUGAUUUGGUAUCGCAAAUCAGGAACCUAGACGGCGAGCGCAAAUCCCUCGUCUACGACAACUACUCCAAGCUCAUCGCGGCCACGGACACGAUCCGCAAGAUGCGCACGAAUAUGGAUCCGCUCGCGCCGACGACGUCGACGCUUAGUCCGGCGAUUAGCCAUAUUGCCGAGAUCGCGGCUGUGUUGUCGAAGGAUAUGCAGGACAGGACGCCUAGUGCGCCCAGUAUAACUCUUGUGAAAGAGGGCGGGGAGGGGAAGCAGGGCGCGAGGGAGACGGUGAGGUGGGUGCUUGAUGCGCCGCGGAGAUUGCGGGAAUUGGUGGAUGAAGGGAAGGAGGAGGAGGCGGAUAAGGAAUGGGAGGUUGUGAGUGCAGUGUUGGAAAAGUGGCGGGGGGUGAAGGGGGUGAAAGAGGUGGGGAUGGAGUGUGAGGCUAUUAUUCUGAAUGAAGAGACGUGAUUCUUGAAUGUGUUAUGGAGAGAGUGCUGAUAAGUGAUGCUCUGGGUUCUGAAGCUAUUCUGCACGCUGAGGUGCCGUUUUGCCUCCUUUAAGUGCAAAGAGAUACGGAUCUAACUGCGUGAGACUGUUUUUGUUAGACGCGGAGGGGACGCGGAGUGGCACAUGUCGUAGUGGGUUUUCACUACGAAAAGGUAGACCCAGAACGAAGCGUGUGAUAGCAGGUUCAGGGAGAGGUACUAAGUACGUCUUGGAGGAAUUGCGCGGUUUAGUUGUAAGACAUUAUAGAAUCACCGCUUAUUACUAUGCAAAGCAUAGGAAGCUAGGUCUCCUCUGCGGCAUUGGGCUCUAAAGAGCUCUACGUACCCCUGGCCAAUUCUC